AUGAGGCGCCCCGCAGGGGCGGCGACCGCCAGGGUGGCGCCGGCGGCGGACGUGGCCUCGAGCCCGCGGUGCGGGAGCCCGCUGCACGAUUCGACCCGCGUUCCCUCGAAGAACUCGACCAACAUCCUGUACAAGCGCUCCUACACGUCUGGGGCAGAGGGCGCCCGGGAGGGCGGCACCAGCUCGAAGAACUCGACCAGCAUCCUGUACAGGCGCUCCGCCUCGCACGAGUCCGCUCCCAAGACGAGCAUGAUCAGGGCGGCCGAGCCGGGCCGGUGGGCGGCGCGGGACUGGUACGAGUCCAGCACGGCCGUGUCGUGCCGCAGGUUCAUCUCGGGGUUCUUCUCGCUCUUGACGAUAAUAUGUUUGUUCAACGCCUUGUUCCUGUACGAUGCAUUCAUCGUGCUCCAGGUCCCGUCGAACACCGAGCUCGACAUUGUCCUCACCACGGUGUUCGCGGUCUUUCUGUACGAAUUCGUGGGGCUGGUUCUCACGGACAGCACUUACCCGUUGGGGUUCUUCUUCUGGAUGGACCUCAUCGGCACUCUCUCGAUGCUGUUCGACAUCUCCUACAUGCUGGGGUCCGACGCCACAGUGCCGGAGACGGUGCGCGACAGUAGCGCCAGCGACAAUGUUAUUCUCGUCCGCGCAGCGCGCGCGGCGAAGUUGGGCGCCCGCGCGGGGCGCCUGAGCCGGGUGCUGAAGAUCCUCCGGUUCAUGCCGUUCUUGUACGUCCGGCAGACCGACCAGAGGAAGGUGAAGAUGGCGACUGUGAUUACCAACCAGUUGAACACCGUAUUGGCACAGCGCGUCGCCUUUCUGACCAUUAGCAUCGUAGUGAUGAUGCCUGUCUUCAAUUUGUUCGCUUACCCCGAGAGGGACUACUCCUUCACCACGUGGGCCGAAUUGCUCGCGAAGAACGUGAAGGAGGUGAUGGAAAGCUCGGGCUCGCCGGACGGGCAGGCAGUCAUCGCGCGCUUGCUGUCCGAGCUGCAGCGCUUCUCCGACUUCUACGGGGAGAAGCAGUACGGGCCCUACCGGGUCUGCUACGGGCAGGUGCUCCCAGGGACAGACGUCUUCGAUUGCCAGCCCCUGCAGCUCGCCGGGCAGGUCCUCGCCCUGCCGAUGGACUCCUCGUUCCAGCACCCCAAGCGACAGGCCUCUGUGCGAGAGGUCAGCUCGGAUAGUUUCCAGGCGUUCUACGACAUGUCGCUCGUCGAGGCGCAGGAGGCGACGGCGAACAUGGCCUCCCUCGUUCUCGUCAUCACGGUCAUGCUGGGGUUCGGCCUGCUGAUGAGUAACAGCAUCGCUGUUGUGGCGCUCACGCCCCUCGAGCGCAUGCUGGGCGUCGUGCGUGGGCACUGCAAGCAGAUCUUCAGGUUCGCCGCGGGCAUCCAGAACGACACCCCAGACGACGACGACGACGACGAGGACAACGAGUUCCUGCUCUUGGAGGAGGUGUUCAAGAAGCUGGCCGCCAUCGCCUCGCUGUCGACCCUGAACCACGAGCCCCAGGUCAACAGCAACAUGAAGGAGGAGGACGUCAUCAAGCUCAACUGGAUGCAGGGCACCACCUCGGCCGUGCCGCCGCAGCACGGCGGCGCCUCGGCUUUGGUGGGACCGCGCCCCCGCAACUCGAUGACGAUGCUGGCGGUGGGAACCAUGGCCUCAGCGGAUAACAACCCGACGGACGCAGACGAAAGGUCUCCCUCGAGGUCGCCGAACCGGUGCUCGAGAACGCAGAGCAAGGAUGGCAACUUCAUGAUGGACUGCAUCCCGCCCGACGUGCUCGUGUCCCUGGACUCGCAGAACUGCGACGUGCUGGAGUGGGGAAAGGAGUUGAAGCUCGGGGCCUGCGGCUUCAUCAUUAUGCACAAGGGGUUCAACUCGUGGUGGGUAGGCGAGAACGUUGACGGCGAGAAGUUGCGACAAUUCCUGUGCGUCUUGGAGAAAGGCUACGAGCCGAACCACUUCCAUAGUUUUUCUCACGGCGUAGACGUGCUCUAUUCCGUGUCGAGGUACAUGCAUUUGAUCGACGCAGGCAAUUUCAUCUCCCAGGUGUCAGAGUAUCUCCUGCUCGUCGCGGCCGUAGCGCACGACGUUGGGCACUUGGGCCUGAACAACCAGUUUUUGAUGGAGAGCUCUCACGAGCUUGCCCUCAAGUACAAUGACUCGUCACCGAUGGAGAUGAUGCACUGCUCGAAGCUGUUCCACAUCGUGAAGAAUCAGGAAUGUAAUAUAUUUUGUAACUUUGACAAGGACCUGUACAAGGAGGUGCGGAAGGGCAUCAUUGCUGCCAUUUUGCACACGGACAUGAUCAAGCACAAUGACAUGGUCAAGGAGCUCGGUCUGCUCUACCAGAUGAACUCCGACACUUUUGACAAGCUGAGCCCCGGGUCUGUGGUGAACGAGUCCCAGCAGAAUGUCCAGACCACGCUGAACGCACUUCUGCACUGCGCAGACAUCUCCAACGCGAUGAAGCCCUGGGAGCUCUGCCGCAGGUGGGCCGACAUGGUCCUGGACGAGUUCUUCGCCCAGGGCGACAAGGAGCGAGAGCUUGGCAUGCCCGUUCAGUUCCUGAACGACCGCACGAAGGUCAGCCGGCCCAACUCCCAGGUCGGCUUCAUCGAGUUCGUCAUCGCCCCGCUCUGCGAGGUCUGCGUCCAGCUCUUCCCCCAGUUGGACGGGCUCGCCGACAACCUCGGCCGCAACAUCUGCAAGUGGAACGAGACGUGGCAGGCCGAGGCCAACCCGGACCAGGCAGAGAGGGACAAGGUCAACGCGCGCACCCAGAAGGUCUCCCUGCGCUGCAGGGCCCUCCUGCGCAGCAAGGCGGGCAUGCUGGGCGCAGAGCAGUCGCCCCGCUGA